AUGGUUCCGUUGAAUAUGAUGGUUCAAUAUGGACGAACUGAUCAUUUGGUUCAUCCACUAUGCGAAGCAUUGUUAUGCCAUAAAUGGGUAACAUAUGGUUUUCCAUUACAUUUAAUACAAUUGGUUUUUUAUUUAUCAUUCCGCUAUGUUCAAUGGAUAUUACAUAUAUCAACAUUAGUUUUUGCUUUACCAUUUCUAUUUGAUCAAUCAAUACAUUAUCAAUGGGAAGCUGGUUCAAUUGCCAUUUUUGUUGCCUGGUUUGCACUGUUAUUUUCGUUGGGACGUCUAUCCUAUGAUUUAAUAUAUCUUCCUAUGCAAAAACGUACUGUUCUCUGA